UUGCCAGGAGCAGCGUCAGUCUGAGUGUGCGGAGACGCUCCACCGCUGCAGCUUUAGCUCAGACUGCGACGCCAGAAACGCAGGAGAACAGGAAGCCGAAGACGGGCGUCUUGAUGCUGAACAUGGGAGGACCCGAAAAACUAGAAGAUGUUCACGACUUCCUGCUGCGGCUCUUCAUGGACACAGACCUGAUGAAACUUCCCGUACAGAACAAGCUCGGCCCGUUCAUCGCCAAGCGCCGCACGCCAAAGAUCCAGGAGCAGUACAGCAAGAUCGGAGGAGGCUCGCCCAUCAAACACUGGACCUCCAUGCAGGGAGAAGGCAUGGUGAAGCUGCUGGACGAGAUGAGUCCCGAGACAGGUGAGACAGACCCGGAGACCGUCCAGACACGGCCGCUUAUCCCUUUGAAACCUUCCCAAAAGAUGGGAAGAUGGCAAUCAGCAACUUAA